AUGCCACUUAAUACAGUUGUUCUGCGAAAUGAACCGAAUUUUAGGAAGUGGGCUGGACCCUGUUUCGUCAUCGACUGCGUACUCGAGUUCAUCCUAGAAGGAGCCCUGUUUGCCCUGACCAUCGCCGCCGUCAUCUCGUUUGUAUUGACAAUGAUUGGAGCGAUAAAGAGUGGAAGCAAGGAGGAAAAACAUGCCCACGCCAUCGCUACCACAAUCGUGAUCAUCGACUACAUUCCGCUACUAUGUGAAUCCGUCCGGAGUGUCAUUGCCUUUCGAUUGCAUCGAGUGUUCGAUUUUCGACUAGAUAAUGGUCUAUUUAUUGCCAGUGUGAUCACCCUAACCCUCAGCUCCUGCCUCCGCCCCUUGCUGCUCGCCAUCUUCGAUCCGCAGAUCCGGGCGCUACUUUUUGCUCAUCUCUGCAAUCAGUGCAGGACAUCGUCAAUCACUGGUCACCAAGCUGAUGCUCCGUCGAACGCUAGUCACGGAGCUCAUCACGGAGGCGCUUCGGUGAAGACAAACGCUGUUGGGGAGGUUCAAAAAGCGCCGAGGCGUCUUACCCCAGUACGCCGA